UGUCGUCCUCACCGUCACCGCUGGCGCCUCUUCCUGGAUUCAUUCAUUCGAUUUUUUUCAUUCACGAAGGUAGUGAGGCCUGGUUGAAAGCCAUGGAGAGCGUUUUGCCUGCCACCGGUUUCCUGUACUGGGUGGGCGCGGGCACCGUGGCCUACCUGGCCCUGCGUAUCUCGUGCUUGCUCUUCACGGCCGUUCGGGUCUGGGGUUUGGGUAACGAGUCGGGGGUCGGACCGAGGCUCGGUGAAUGGGCAGUUGUCACAGGUAGUACUGAUGGAAUUGGAAAAUCAUAUGCAGAAGAAUUAGCAAAGCGUGGAAUGAAAAUUGUCCUUAUCAGCAGAUCACAGGACAAACUGGACCAAGUUUCCAGCGAGAUGAGAGAAAAAUUCAAAGUGGAAACAAAGACCAUUGCUGUUGACUUUACAUUAGAAGAUAUUUAUGACAAAAUUAAAACAAGCUUGGCAGGUCUUGAGAUUGGUGUUUUAGUGAAUAAUGUGGGAAUGUCAUAUGAGUAUCCGGAAUACUUUUUGGAUGUUCCUGACUUGGACAAUACCAUCCAGAAACUGAUCAAUGUUAACGUCCUUUCUGUUUGCAAGAUGACACGGCUGGUCCUGCCUCGCAUGGUAGAAAGAUCCAAAGGGGUAAUUCUGAACAUCUCCUCUGCCACUGGCAUGUACCCAGUUCCACUGUUGACCAUCUACUCUGCAACCAAGGCUUUUGUAGAUUUCUUCUCUCAGUGCCUCCAUGAGGAAUAUAAGAGCAAGGGCAUCUUUGUGCAGAGUGUCCUGCCCUACUAUGUCGCAACCAAACUGGCUAAAAUUCGAAAGCCAACUUUGGACAAGCCCUCUUCGGAGACGUUUGUGAAGUCUGCCAUUAAAACCAUCGGCAUGCAACCCCGGACCAAUGGAUACUUCAUCCAUUCUCUUAUGGCCUCGGUAGUCUCAAUCCUGCCUUCCUGGUUGUACUUUAAAGUGACCAUGAAUGUGAACAAAUCUGUCCGGGCUCACUAUUUGAAGAAAAUGAAGAAGAACUGAGCGCUGGUAACAGCUUUGAGUAACUCAGCAGAUACACCAGCCUAGGCGUGUUUGCUGCAAGGCACCCACCAUUUCCAAAUCUUUUGUCAUGCUUAUUAACAGUUACUGAUAAAGCUAAAUGUUGUCAUAAUUAGGAGGAAAGCAGAGGUUGCUUUCAGGAGUUCCUGGCAUAUAUUCUGGAUGCUACCAGGAGUUAUUUUGAAGUUUAACAUAAAUGCUCAUAUCAAAUGGAUAUAGAACUAACAUUAGCAAGAACUGCUUACUAUUAAUAGAACGAACAUAAUUAUAGCAAAUCAGUGAAUGAUAGAGUCAGACAUAAGGCUAAACAGUUUCAUCUGGUCCAAAAUGCCAGUGAUGAGUACUCUUGUAUUUGCACGGAAAUGUACUUUUAAAAAGUAAUGGCCAGCUACUCUUCUUUUUUUUUUUUGGUUUUGUUUUUAACUCUUUGAGGGAGUGGGGAUUCAUUGACAUGGAAAGACGCACUGCAAUCUGCAGAGCACUCUGUAAGCUUUCCUAAAAGCGUGUUUGCACAUUUAUCUAGAACUUUCCUUUCGCAGGGGUAGCUAGUGAGGUAAAAAUAAUGGGGUUAUUUUUGACACAUGAUGCCUACUGAAAUACACUUUCCUCUAAUACAGAUGUCUUCUCGGUUUAAAUGUAUGUAAACACUGAACGCUCUGCGGUAUGAUUUAUGAAGGUAAACAGGCCGAAAUGCACGCUGAGGGGCAGCCCUUCCAGUGCCGCUAAAACCCUGGCCCAGGAAGGUGGCCUUCUUGGACCGCAGGUUCUUCAUUUCUGCCCCUCACCGAUACUGCUCACAUGGGUGACACCGGGCCGCUCCUAGGACAGUGAUGAUAUUAGGGAAGUGGUGUUACACUCCUAAAUAGGUACCCUAUACUGAUAGGUAUAGGGUACUGAUACAGUUAGUUUUAAUAAAAGAUGAUAUAACCGUGAUGUUGAUUGAAAAUGUAUUUCUUUGGUGCUUGAAAUUAAGGCCAUUUUUGCACUGGUUUAAUAUAAAUUAAGACUUUUUUCCUGCUACAUACAUAACUUGUUUGGGGAACUUGCUAAGAAAUAAAUUCAGUGUUGUGGAAUAUGCAUGAAGCCAGAUCUUUACCUAGGCUGUGGUUCCCAGAUUCUGAGUUUUAAGCACCAGGAAAUUUGGAAAACAAAACAAAACAAACAUCCAUUUUAAUUGGCAUAUUUAAAAGUGUUCCUAGCUUUUAAACUUGCCAGCCAAGGACAUUGAAAAAAAAAAAAAAACAGAAAAACCCAAAUCACCAUCUGCCAUUGCAUCAUUAUAUAGAAGUAAAGAAACUUUAGUACACUUAAAAUAGGAAGAAUAUAAUCUCAGAAUAAAAAAUAGUCAUUUAAAUUGAAUAAAUUUAGCUUUACAAAAAACACUUUGCCUUUCUCUCUCUCAUUUUUUUGUACAAAUGGUGAAGUCACAAUGACCUGGGCAAUAUAUUAUUUGCUUUCACACAUUUGUUGGUUGAUUGUGGUGGUGGUUUUGGUGGAGAGUUGGUAGAGAGGGGGAAGGAUUGGUUUGCAAGUAUGCAAAACGCUGCUUCUUUUACCCCAUCAAGAAAAUAGUUGUAAUCUGGCUAGGAAAUCCCUUAGCAGUCUCAAAACUUCUGAACUAUGGCUCUGACUCCUUCACCUCAGUAAAUAUCCUCUUGUAUAUGACACUCAAGGCUGAAAAUGAUGGCAUGAAAAUCUGCUUCCAGGAACAUGAAAGAAAAAGUAUACUAAAAGAGAAACCAGUGUUCUCAAAACCCAUUCAAAAUAGUGAAGCAUAAUUUUUAGACUUCAUUUUAUAGUGACUUGACUUUACAGUCUGAUGUGUGCUAGAUACGGUUUGAACCCAAAAAGAGUAGAAGGUAAUAUUUAUUGUUUAUGUAGAAUCAGCUCACCUCAUGACACAGAAAACUGGAUUUUAAUUUAUUGGUCCUUCAUUGUCCUUUCAGUACCAUAGCGUGGUGGGCUGGUGGCCAGGAGAGGUAUUGCCCUGCACACAGAAUGAUGUAAGCUGUUUUGAUUUGUCCUUGUAUCAGGCCCACGUGCACUGGGAAUAAAGAAAGAUACUAAUCAGUUUCUAUUUCCUCAAAUGUGGUCCCGAUCUAAAGAGAUGAAUUCUUGAGUUCUCAUUGAUAUUUGUUGCAUCAAAAUACAAUGGAAGUGAACUUUAUAUAAAGUGAACAUCAAUUCUAAUAUCAGUACAAAUGGUGCUAAUUCAGUGUAGAAGAGGAGAUUUUGGGGGUUAAUAAUACAAGUAUAAAAUGAGCUUGUGUGCACGCUUAGUCACUCAGUUGUGUCCGACUCUACAAUCCCCUGGAGCCUGCCAGGCUCCUCUGUCCAUGGGAUUUCCCAGGUAAGAAUACUGGAGUGCAUUGUCCUUCUCAUGGGGAUCUUCCCGACCCAGGGAUCAAACCUGGGUCCUCCUGCAUUGCAGGUGGAUUGUUUGCCAUUUGGAACUAUAUAGCCUCCAGGGACUAUAAUUUCUGAAGUCUGCUGAUACCAAAAAUUACCUGAGACUUUGGUGGUCUUGGGUUCUGCUGCUCUGCUCUUUAGCUUACCAGGAUCAAAACAUACCAAAACACUUUAUUUAAUAUGUUGGAUAAAAAUAUUUUAAAAAUUUUAAGGACUCACUACUUUGUGACAUUCUAAUAUUUUUAGAUUAGCAGAUUUAUGUCACUCAUGAUGUAAAACAUAUAAAUAGGGACAAAAUUAAAAUUCCCGUGUGAAAACGUAAUUCUUCCUAUUGAGAUUUAUAUGAAAACAUCUAGAAAUGAAACACCAGCAUGAACACAAACUUAAUAGGUGAAAAAAUUUUAACAUGAUGAAUGGUAAUACCACAACUUUGUCCCCUUCCCUUACCUGUGUCAUUGAAAAGCAAGCAAAAUGGGUACUACAGACAGUAAUCCUAAAAGGAUAUAAAGCUAGCUUGUCAUCCUUGUUACAAAAGCUUCUAGACAAACUGUUGUGUGAAUUUAUUGAAUGCCAUUUACGCUUCUGGAGGCUGGAGAAACUGCCCUGUUAAGCUAACCCUUGAGCUUGGGGAUGGGGGAGAGCCCAGGGAGGGAGCAAAGGAAAGACUGGUAAUAAACAAAAGAAAUAAACGCAGUGUAAGUGCUAUAUGUGGAGGGGAAAAUGAAGCAGAGUUAAGGAGGAUGGGGAAUCAGUGCUUGUCGGGGUAGGGGUGGGAGGCUUGUGCUGUUAAAUAAGGUACUCACGGUAGGCCUAGAGAGGUGGUGUUUGAACUGUCUUGAGUAAGCCUUUUAGCUCUCUAGGGGAAGAGCAUCUCAGGCAGACCAGCCUGCGCAAAGAGCCCAAGGAUACAGCGUACCUGCGUGUUCCCGGGAUAGCCAGGAGUACGUACAUAUUGAAGCACAUACUAGGUGACCAAUUUCUGGACGAUUUCAGAGUUUAGUUAUGACUUUAGUUAUGACUUUCUAGUGUUAUCACCUUUACAUUCUUGAUCUUACUUCACUACCUUUAUUCACUGCAUAAUUCAGUUUGCUGGUAUUUUAGUUGGAUUUCUGCAUCUAUAUUUAAGAAAUGGGCUUGCAAUUUUUCUUUCUCAUAUUUGUAUGGUUUUCAUAUCAAGAUUAUAACCUCACUGGGAAAUCCCUGGCAGUCCAGUGGUUUGGACUCAACACUUUCACCGCUGGGACCGUGGUUCAAUACCUGGUCAGGGAACUAAGAUCCUGCAAGCUGCAAAAAAAACCCAAAAAAAACAACAAAAAAAAUGUUUCUAACUUCAUUAAAUGAGCUUGGGAGUGCUGCCUAUUUUACUAUGCUCUAGAAGAAUCUGUAAAAGAUUGAGACAAUAAUAAACUGUUUCUUUGAAAGUUAGUAAAACCAGUCUGGCCCUAGUAUUUAUUUGUAGGAAGAUUGUAGCAUCUACCUAUCUUGUUGUUUUAAAGAUAAGACUAGUCAGGGUUUCUGUUUUUUUGAGUUAAUUUUAAAAACUUUUUUCUAAGCAUAUACUCAUCUCCACCCUCCUCCAAAUUUAUUAGCAUAAGAAACUUGAGGAGCUUUCUUAUUUGUUUAAACCUCUGCUAGAUAUGUGUCUAUUUCCUUCCCCAGUGUUGUCUUCUCACUUUUUUCCUUGACCAGUUUGCUAGAGGUUUCUCUAUUUUAUUAAUUUUUAGAAGAACUGGUUUUUGGCUUUGUUGAUUCUCUCUGCCUUUUUUUUUUUUUAAAUCCUCUCCUGCUUUCUAGAGGUUUACUGUGUUAUUUUUCUUUUUUCAUAAUUUGAACAUUUAAUUGUUUCAUGUUCAAUGUGUUUUUUUACUCUUAUAUAACCCCACAAUUUGUGUGUGUGUGUGUGUGUACACAUAUGUAUAUACACAAGUGUAUUCUUCAGUGCUAACAUUAAAGCUUUACAUUAGGAUUUCCAUGACCUAUGAAUUUUUUAGAAAUGUUUUUAAAGACACAAAUUUAAGUAAAUGUAUUUCCUUUAAAAAAAAAACUUGUAUUCAUGUCACAAUUAAUUUUACAUUAUGUACAUCCUGAUAUGAUGGACUAAAGAUACAGCAUCACUUAUGGUGGUAUUCCUAGCAAAAAUGUAUAAACUGGAUAUAAUCAAGAAGAAAUGUUUUUUAAAAAACUAAAUUAAAGGAUAUUCUACUAAAUAACCAGCUUAUACUUGUAAAGCUUUCAGAUUAAAGAAAACUAAAGAAACAUGCAAAACACAUGAUCUUGGGUUGGAUCCUGGUUGAGAAAAUUUUUUUUUUCCUCUACAAAGGACAGUUUUGAGACAAUUUGUGAGAUUUGAGAAGUCUGAAGAUUAGAUAAUAGCAUUAUAUCAAUGUUAAUUUCCUGAGUUUGAUCAUUGUACUGUGGUUACUUAAGAAAAAGUUCUUGUUUUUUAGGAAAUGCACACUAGAGUAUUUAUGGAUAAUGGGACAUUAUAUAUGCAAUGUAAUCUAAAAAGAUUCAGAAAAAAUAUGUAUACAGAAAAUGAUAAAGCAAAUGUGUUAGUAUGUUAACAUUUGGAGAAUCUGAGUGAAAGGGAAAUGGAAAUUCUUUGUGCAUUUUGCAAAUUUUCUGUAAAUCUAAAGGUAUUUCAAAAUAAAAAGUUAAAUCUUU